GCGCUGCGGGCACCGGAGCGAGAUGCUGUGCGGGAAGUGGAGUCUCGUGGCGGAAAUGGUCCUGUUCAUCGAAGACCUGGAGGAAGAUUUAAAAAUCCUCUGCCUCUGCUCCAGGGCGUUUGUGGAGGAUCGAAAAUUGUACUAUUUAGGAUUAAAAGGAUUCUAUGUUAAAGGCAGUGAUACCAGUAAUACAGAACAAGCCACAGAAGAGGGGGAACAUAAUUCCCAUGAGACCAUAGAAUUGGAGAAUGGCAGUGCUUUGAGAUCAGAUGAAAUUGAACUGGAUUCAGAGGCUGAACUUAUGAGAAGUAUGGGACUACCCCUUCAGUUUGGAGGCCUGUCUACUCACAAGAAUUUUGAGGUGUCCAUGAAUUCCAGAAAUAAAAAAACUAAAUUUAAAAAGAAAAAGAAAAAAUCUCAAAAGAAAUGCUCAGAUGAAAUUCUGCAAGAAUCAUGGAAAGAGAUUCAUGAAGGUGAUGAUCACUUAAUGUCAGAUGAUCCAUCUUCAGCCUUUGAGCGAUAUGAGGAGACCAGAACAUGUGAACUUCAAAAUGGGAAAGAAGUAGAAACUGGAAAAUUAUCUACUGGGAAUGUAUUACCUCCCAAACUAGAAAUUACAGAGAAAUGGCAAAAGUAUUGGAGUGAGUACGGAGAAGGAUUGUUAUGGCAGAGCUGGCAAGAAAAACACCCAGGUGAAAUAUUGUCUACUGAACCUUGGAAUUCUCCUGAGACAAAGGGAUGGGAACAACAUUAUAGUCAUGUUUACUGGUAUUAUUUGGAACAGUUUCAAUAUUGGGAAAGUCAAGGGUGGACUUUUGAUUGUUCACAAAGUUAUGAUACAGAUAAUUGUGUGUCUAAAAUAGAAAUGGAUGAGAAAAAUGAUAGUAACAUUACAAGGGGAUCAUUGUUGGACUUAGUUUCCGUGACUGGAAGUGAGGAGGAAAUUUAUGAAGAAAGUACAAAUGAUAAGCAUCAUGAGGAAAUACUUGAUGGAAUUAGCAACAUAAAUCUGAAUUCAGUGGAAGGAGAGAAUGACUGCUUGAACUCGACUGUAAUUUGUGGUGAUUAUCAGUGCCCGAGUGAGGUUAACAGUGAACAAGAGUGCACUCUUUCCAAUGAAUGUGAGCCAUGUGAUGGAGCAACCAAGAAAAGGAAUUUGUCAGAAAAUAGAAGUACCAACCAAGCAGAUUCCCAGGAGACUUCUGGAACAAGUACAAACAAAGAAAUGUCACACAGCAACAGUAAGGAUGGAGAUGAGAGUGAGGAGGAGCCGCCUGAAUAUAAACCAGCUAAACUGAAGAGGAGCCAUGAACUAGAUAUUGAUGAAAAUCCAAUUGUGGACUUUGAUGACGAUGGCUCUCUCUUGGGAUUCCAGCAUGGCUCAGGGCAAAAAUAUGGUAGAAUCUCAAAUUUCAGUCGUCGGAAAGUUAAAUACCUACAGAAAGAUGUGAAAUAUAAAACACAGUUUCUAGACAUGCGUAGACAAGUAAAUACGAAAAACAAACAUAUCUUCUUUCCUGAAGAGUCAGAAAGACCAUCUUCCCGGAAGAGUAAAACUUUGAGUAAGGUGGAAAAAUUCCUCAAAUGGAUUAAUGAACCAUUGGAGGAGAUACCGUCACAGGACCCUCAGGAUGAUGCACAAGACACUUGUACAAGCAGUGAUUCAGAAGAACAAGAAGGAUCUGUUAAAAAAUGUGAUGACCCUUUUGAGAUUAGUCAUUUGGAACCUGACAAAUGUGAUGCCUUUUCUUCAACCAAUGAAUUUGAAAUGGAAGAUAAAGAGGACAACAAAACGACUAUAACAGAAGAACAAAAAUGUGUUCCUGAAAGGCAACUGGUUACUCCAGGUAUUCCAGGUUAUCUGCAAGUAGAAACAGAUGCAAAAAAGAAGAAAAAGAAAAACAAGAAAAAGAUCAAAACUCUAAAUCCCCUCCCUCCAGAGAUUGCUGCUGUUCCUGAGCUGGCCAAGUAUUGGGCACAGCGAUAUAGAUUGUUCUCACGUUUUGAUGAUGGGAUUAAAUUGGACAAAGAGGGCUGGUUUUCAGUUACACCUGAGAAGAUUGCUGAACAUAUUGCUGGGCGUGUCCAUCUGUCCUUCAACUGUGACAUUAUAGUGGAUGCGUUUUGUGGAGUUGGAGGCAAUGCCAUUCAGUUUGCCCUAACAGGAAAAAGAGUGAUUGCCAUUGAUAUUGAUCCAACUAAAAUUGAUCUUGCUCACAACAAUGCAGAAGUAUAUGGAGUAGCAGAUAAGAUAGAGUUCAUCUGUGGAGACUUCAUGCUGUUGGCCUCAGAUUUAAAAGCAGAUGUUGUAUUCCUCAGCCCUCCUUGGGGAGGGCCUGACUAUGCUACUGCAGAAACCUUUGAUAUCAGAACCAUGAUGUCUCCAGAUGGAUUUGAAAUUUUCAGGCUAUCCCAGAUGAUCACUAACAAUAUUGUGUAUUUCCUCCCAAGAAAUGCUGAUGUUGACCAGAUAGCAUCUUUAGCUGGACCUGGAGGACAAGUUGAAAUAGAACAAAAUUUUCUUAACAAUAAAUUGAAGACAAUUACAGCUUAUUUUGGUGACUUAAUCCGAAGAACAGCAUCUGAAAUACCAGUUAAAAAUGACUUAAAAGAAGUAAACAUAUAGUAGUAACUAAAUUAUCAUUCAAGUCAGAAGACUUCCAUUUUAUUCUUCUGUCCGUCAUGAACUCUGUUUGGCAACCAGGAGUCUAUUUCUAGCAUUAUAAAAUAGGGCUUGACUCUUUUAGGACACUUGUCAUUAAUUUUGAGAUAAGAUAACUUAGUAAAUACUGAGAAUUCAUUUGAACUUAAUGUAAAAGAAGCUCAGUUUGCCUGUGUGCUUCACAGAUGUAUACCUACGAUUUAUGUUUUUUUUUUGUCUACUUUUGUUCAGCAGCCUUUUUUUUUUAAUCAGUAUUUUAAAUUCAGUGUUAAAAGCUGCUUAUUUGUUGUUACUGCAGGUUUUUUUAAAGUUUUUUUUUUGCGGGGGUGUUAAUUACAUUGAACAGAAAAAUGGGUUUUAUUAUUAAUUUAAAUUGUGUCAAGCUGACCAUUCAUAAGUAAAAAUUAUUUUAAAUCAGUUGGAUAAAGUAAAAAAUUUUGGUGGGGUGAGAGAGAACAUUUUAAAUGAUGGAAAUAAUAUUGCUGUAUCCUAAUAUUUCAAUGUCAACUUUUCAAACAUCUUCCAAUUAUACAAUAAAAUAUACCAACAGUAAA